UCAAAUCUCCUCUGAAUUUUUGUUUUUGCUCAUUCUUAUUACAUAAAUUAUUUAAUCUAAAUCGUUUCAAAAAUCCUUAAUCCAUUUACUUAUCUUUUUUAAUCUUCUUUUUGUUAGUUUUUAGAUUCAAUUAGUCUGUUCAUAACACUGAUCAAUCACUAAUUUGCUAUUGAUUUUUUUUCUUCCAUAAUAUAGUUAGCUGAAAUUUUAGUUUCUUGAUUUUGAAUUGAAAAAAAUGGAUGAUAUGAAAGAUAAAUUCAAGGGUUUCGUCAAGAAAAUGAAUACCCAAUUAUCAUCAUCAUCUUCCUCUGGCAAAUUUAAGGGUCAAGGUAGAGUCUUGGGUUCUUCUUCUUCAUCAGAACCAACUAAUUCUAAUCCUAUUCAUGCCCGUUAUUCACAACCCGUUAACCCUAAACCAAUCCCAAAAAAUUCUUCUUCUUCUUCUUCAUCAAAUUCCAAAUCUUUACCUCAAAAAACAGUACCCACUUCUGUCAACAAUUCGAACCCGAGCCGAAAACCGGCUGAUGGGUUUGAUCCAUUUGACUCGUUGAUCACCAAUGGAGAAAGAUCUAAAAAUGGGUAUUCUUUAAACGUGUUUGAAUGUCCAAUUUGUGGGCAGCCCUUUAGAUCAGAAGAAGAGGUUUCUGAGCAUGUAGAGACCUGUGUUAAUCAUAAUCAUAAUAAUGAUGGAGAGAAUGGGGAGAAUGGGAGUGAAUUGGAGAGUUGUGUGCAUGUUUAUUUGUCAGGGAAGUUGCCAGAUGGUUCUGUGGAAGUUGUGCUUAGAUUGUUUAGAAAUAUCGUUAAGGAACCGGAGAAUGCGAAGUUUCGGAGGGUGCGAAUGAGUAAUCCGAAGAUUCGGGAGGCGGUUAGUGAGGUUGCGGGAGGUGUUGAGUUAUUGGAGUUUGUUGGGUUUGAGUUGAGAGAAGAGAGUGGAGAAAUGUGGGCAGUUAUGGAUGUUCCUGAUGAGGAGAGAGUUAGGUUGAUUAGUAAAGUGAUUGGGUUGUUAGAACCUAGAAAGGUGGAAGAGCAAGUGGUGAAGGUGGAGGAUAAUAAGUCGUCGGAAGAGCUGGUCGAGCCGAAGAAGAUUGAUAGAGAGAUUCGGGUUUUCUUCUCUGUCCCAGAAAAUGUAGCUGCAAGAAUUGAACUACCUGAUACAUUUUACAAGCUUUCUCUCGAAGAGAUAAAAAGAGAGGCUGAUUCUCGGAAGAAAAAGAUUGCAGACUCUCAGCUUUUGAUUCCAAAGUCUUACAAGGAAAAACAAGUACAGGCUUCCAGGAAGAGAUACAAAAGGACGCUUAUACGUAUCCAAUUUCCUGACGGAGUGGUGCUUCAGGGUGUCUUUGCUCCAUGGGAACCAACUAGUGCACUUUACGAGUUUGUAAGCAUGUCGCUAAAGGACCCCAGUUUGGAGUUCGAGUUGUUAGAUCCUGUCCUCGUCAAACGCCGGACAAUCCCUCAUUUUCCCAAUGUCGGACAGAGGGCCUCAACGCUAGAGGAUGAAGGCUUAGUCCCUUCAGCUCUCGUCAAGUUCAGACCAAGAGAAACGGAAGACUCCUUCUUCACAGGGCUCUGUAAUGAGCUCUUGGAAAUUAGUGAGCCUCUUAAUUGAUUCCGGAAUGGAGUGCAAAUGAUAGUAUCAACGCCUGUGAUCUGUUUGCAAUCGUUUUAGCAACUUUCUUUUAAUUUAUUUUUUUGUGUGAUCUCUUCCACAUUUUUUCUAGCAAAUAGAUUGUACCUGCCAUGAAGUGUGUUUGCAUUCGUGUGCUUAUAGUUUUCUGUACACUUGCAAUUAAAAUAAUAUGAGAGUUUAUACAGUUUGCAAAUAUAAAAUGUACUUGAAUUGUAAUUGAUUUACAAUGUCCCUCUUUUAAAAGAAUGGUGAUGGCAUUUCUUA